CUCAGGUGUGCGGCAGGCGGGAGACGAUGCGGUUGAUCGUACUCCUGUUAAUCGCGAGUUCUUGUGCGGCGGCGGGUCUUAGUACCCCGGAGGAACUGUACGUCCGUUUCUUGGACAAGAUCAUCGCCAAGUUAAACGAUCUGGUAGAGCAUACGGACGAACCUUCGAAAGAGGAUCAGCAGAGGAUCCAAUGCAUCUAUGGCAUCGACAACUUCGUUAGGCAUGCAACUUCUUCUUGGGCCCUAUCGAUGAUCGACUCCGCCACAAAACUUCAGUCCGGUUUGCUCCGCGGUAACCUUAUCGACUUGGGCCAAUAUGACGAGUGUGUUAAGGUCAACGUAAAACCAGAAGACCUGAACAGAACUGAUGGACCUAGUUUCAGCGGGCAACACUGCCUUGUAUCUUUCAACAUCCAUGUCCCCAACAACACCAUGAAUUUGAAUGGUGUUCCAAAAAAUCUUCGAGACAUCUUCGGCGUGGACUACAUCCCAAUAACUAUGUCUCAGUGUUACCCGAGCCUUUGCGAGUCCUGGGUCCUGGAAGAAGUCCUUAACAGUAUUUUCUCUGUCCCCGACAACGUCCUGGAGAUGUUCGGAGUCAAUUACCAGGUGACCGUGUCUAUCAGCAAGAAUGACUGUAGUACCCUUGAUAAAGGGCCAAUCGAUGCUGCUGAAUGGACUUUUGCAGCUGUUGUAAUCUUCAUCAUAAUCGUCACUGCCAUAUCAACGUCCUUGGACUACUUCUACAUCGAAGUUCAAUCAAGAAAUAGACCUAAGACCAAUACGGAAGAACUGGUAGUGGCUUUCUCCUUGUACACUAACGUCAGGAAGUUGCUGGAUACGCACAUGCCACCCGAUGCCAUGACCUCUCUGAAUGGCAUGAAGUUCUUCAGCAUGGCCUGGGUUGUGGUCUCGCAUAGGUACAGGUACCUUGCCACCGAACCUCUCGCCAACCUUUUAGACUUCCCAGAAGAAAUAAAAAAACUCAUGAAAAUGUUUCUGCUAAGUGGGCCGCUAGCAGUUGAUUCCUUCUUCUUAAUAUCCGGUCUUCUCAAUACUUAUACCUUCUGCUUCAUGAGGGAGAAGAAUCGGAGGUACACACCCUUAGAUGUCAUCAAUGGUUAUAUACACAGGUUUUUCAGAUUAACACCAGCCUACUUGAUGAUGAUAGGUUUCACAGCGACCUGGCUGUACAGGCUGCGGGAUGGUCCUGUGUGGUACAGGUUCGUGGGAAUCACCAGGGACCAAUGUCGGGAGAACUACUGGCAAAACAUAGUCUACCUCAACAAUUACAUCAACCCGGAUACUUAUUGCAUGAUGCAGUCUUGGUAUCUCGCCGCAGAUAUGCAGAUGUUUUGGCUGUCGCCUUUCGUCAUCUACCCUUUGUGGAGGUGGCCCAUCUAUGGGAUCAUCGAAGUUAUCCUUUUAACAGUCGCGUCCAUCUUGUCUCCGAUGUUAGUCUCCUAUUUCGAACAGAUCAAGACACCUAUUCCCAUGACCACCGAGUAA